AUGUUGAGCAUAUAACAUGCAAAAUGGACAAAAGCCGAGAAGAGCACAGCACAGAGGGCAACGAGAAUAGUGAUGAGGCAGAGUCUUCUCAGUGUGCUCCCGACAGCAACAACCAACUUUCGGAGCUCGCGGCUGUUGCCGCAAUAGCUGAACUGCUUGAAGUCGCCCUACAUGCUAUACUAUGCGUCCGUCAAGUUUAUCCCUUCGAAAUCUUCGAGCGUCGCGUUAAGUUCGGCAUUCCCGUCUUUCGAUGCACGGAUAGAACCAUCAACGAAUAUGUAUCAGAAGUAGUCAAGGCAAUCGGUGAAGAACUUGUAGAGGAUGCUGUUGAAAGGAUUAUAAUUAGUAUCCAUCAGCCAGCAACGCCCCUGGAGAAGUUCAUCUUUUCGUUCGAUAGAGCGAAGGUUGCCGGAACCGAACGCUCUAGGACCGAAGUUUUGCCGCUUGAAACUGUACAGAGACAAAUGAGAAGCAUGCUAAUGAAACUCAAUGCCAUUGAUGCUCAACUCCUUCCCCUUUGUGAUAGCGAUGAUUUGUCUUUUUCGGUAAUGAUGCAGCUGCGAGAAGGAGGAAAAUAUCGAAUAUCGGAAGACAAACUCGGCUUCGACAAUUUAUUGAUAGGCCCUGAAAGACAACAGACAGGAAAUCAUUCUCGAGGCACAAAGAUACACAACGCAAAUCUACUCCACGUCAUUAAGACGGGCUACCUUUCCGUAUGCCAUUGGCUAGCGUUUAUGUCAUGAAGUAACAGCUUCAUUAUACCAACUCAACAGGUCUCUCUUCACGUUGAACAGCUCGAACUGCCUUCAGCUUCAAAGGUACCAACAGCAAAUACAGAAGCAGAAGCUCCAUUCGAGAACUAGGAUGAGGAAAUUCUUGCUCCA